AUGAUUGCGUACAUAGUUCGUCUUCAUUGGGCUCCUAUCAGAUUUUACGAGUCCACACGUGAUAGGACUGGAAGCUAUGUUAAAGGGGCAUGUGGUCUUCAAAACCUCGGCAAUACUUGCUUCAUGGCUUCUGCCCUUCAGUGCUUAUCGAAUGUUCCGGAGUUGACAAAAUACUUUCUGUCCAAUAGAUAUGUUGCUGAUAUAAAUGAGAGAAAUCCUCUUGGAACUAGAGGGGAAUUAGCACGUGCUUAUGGAGAUCUUCUUCACAACAUGUGGUCAGGGGAAAACUGCAGCAUCGUGCCUCGUAAAGUCAAAAUGACCAUUGGACAGUUUGCUCCGAGAUUUAGCGGGUAUGCUCAACAGGAUUCACAAGAACUUUUAGCGUAUGUCUUAGAUGGUUUGCAUGAAGAUCUGAAUAGAAUCAAGGUGAAACCGUACGUUCCGGAUGACGAGACAUUGGAAAGAUUAGAGGAGCACGAGCAAGCCGAAAAAUCCUGGCAAGCAUACAAGGCCCGCAAUGACAGCAUUAUUGUUGACCUUGUGCACGGACAACUCAAGUCGACUCUGGUUUGUCCCGUCUGUGCCAAGGUCAGCAUAAAGUUUGAUCCGUUUUGCUUCUUAUCGGUGCCUUUGCCGCCCAAGGAGAAAGUCAAGCAAGUUGUCACUCUGAUUUUCAACACGAAACGGAGAUGGGCAAAGGACAUUCAUUUGAUGGAAUGCAUCGAUCUUUUCACUAAGCAAGAGCAAUUGGGUGAAGAGGAUAGUUGGUACUGCCCGAAAUGCAAAAAACACGAGAGGGCUUCGAAGAAGCUGGAUUUAUGGAAUUUACCACAGAUCCUAAUCAUCCAUUUGAAGAGGUUCCAGUACAGUAAAUGGCAUCGUGACAAAAUCGAUAUUCCUGUUGUUAUUCCCGUAAAAGGAUUCGAGUUGAACUCUAAAUUAGCAAAUGAAAGGCACGAGCACGUAAAGUAUGACUUGAUAGCCAUCAGUCAUCACGUUGGUGGUUUGGGAGGUGGUCAUUACACAGCAACAGCUCUUAAUAAGACGACAGGAAAAUGGUAUGACUUCAACGAUUCAUCCGCUACUGAAACUACUGCUCCAACGGAUCCAUACGUUAGCCGUACGCCUUAUAUGCUCGUUUAUCGACGUCAAGAAAUUACGACCGAUGUUUUGUUGCCUGAUGCUAAUGUAGAAGAGGAAAUGGAGGAAUAA